AUGCACACCAACCUCCCAUCCCCCGACCGUUCCCUCGACCCUCAGCUCAAGACCACAUCCUCACCGCCAUCUGCACUCCUCAGAAAACAGCCCAGUCGCUUUUUGGACGGUACAAGUGACAUGCACGCUUUGCAAAGAGCAUUAGACCAAAGAGAGUCCCCUUGCCUCCGGUUUUCGUAUUCCUGCAGUGAAGGGUUAUUAGGGCUGCAGCAGGAGAGUCUCCAGUUCACACAAUUAAAUGGUGGAGUUGUUAUGGUCAGCUUUUAUAAUUAUUUCCUCACCUGUAACGAAACAGCGACCGUCCAUGACGUUGUCCGUCACAUCAACCACAUCCGAGACGUAGCUGGGCUGGACCAUGUCGGUUUAGGGGCCGAUUUCGACGGCAUAAACAAGACUCCCGUGGGCUUGGAGGACGUGAGCAAGUACCCGCUCCUUCUGGCUGAGGUGCUCAAGGACUCUCGCUGGUCCGAGGAAGACGUGGCUAAACUCGCAGGAGGGAAUCUGCUGCGAGUCCUUCGGCGGGCGGAGCAGGUACGAGACGAGCUGAGUUCGACGCAGCCCUACGAGGACCACAUCCACCCCGACAACCUCGCCGGGCGCCAGGCGUGUUGGUGGACGUGA